CUCCCGCGCCUCCAGCUGCUACCGCACCUCCAGCCUCUAGUCUGUCCGACUCUCCCGUUUGCUUCCUCACAGAGCCCCCCACUUCUAGCCCUUACCCUCCCCCAGCCCCCGGGGAGCCGAGCGCCGGCGCGGGCUGGACACCGGUCCACCCAGCCCUCCCCGGCAGAGGCGCGGAGAAAGGACCCUCCCCACUCCCCCCCCCCCCCCGCAGGCCCCGAGGGUGCCCCAGAAGUUAUCCGCGGGCAGAUCGGAGUGGAAAAGUGAACGAGAGCUGAGAGAAAGCGGGCGCGAGAGCCCCGCGGCCCCAGCCGGAUCAUGCCCCAGCUGGGCGGAGGCGGCGGCGGCGGCGGCGGCAGCGGGGACGACCUGGGCGCCACAGACGAGAUGCUAGCCUUCAAGGAUGAGGGCGAGCAGGAGGAGAAGAUGCCGCAGGGCGGCUUCCCCGAGCGCGAUCUGGCCGACCUCAAGUCCUCGCUGGUCAACGAGUCCGAAGGCGCGGCCAGCGGCCCGGGCCAGACGGAGGCGCUCCGGAGAGCUCAGAAUUCCCAGAGGCUGUACCAGGACAAACUCCCAGAUGCCUUGGAAGAAGGCCUCAAGGCCCAGGACAGCAGCGGCGUCGGGAUGUACAAAGAGUCUGUGUAUUCGGGCUACAAUCUGCUGGUGCACUAUCCGGCCAACGGAGUGAGUGCAGGAGCUGGAGCCGGAGCCGGAGCCGGAGUUGGAGCCGGAGCCGGAGCUGGAGCCGGGACAGGAGCAGGAGCCGGGACUGGAGCUGGAGCCGUCUCUGGGGCUGGUCAGCCGCUGCACACCAAGCCUGGCCAGCCCUCCCAUGGAGUUCCCCAACUCACACCCCUCUAUGAACAUUUCAGCUCCCACCAGACACAUGUCUCUGCUGACAUCAACCAGAAACAAGGUGUUCACCGCCCACUACAGACCACCGACAUCUCCAGUUUCUACUCUUUAUCUCCAGGUGGUGUUGGACAGAUCUCCCAUACGAUGGGCUGGGCGAGCCCACCUCUCUAUCCCCUCUCCCCUUCCUGUGGAUAUAGACAGCACUUUUCGACCGCAGUCUCCCCGGGGGCACCUUACCCUAGGUUCACCCAUCCAUCUCUGAUGCUGAGCUCAGGUAUGCACACCACUGGCAUCCCCCACCCAGCCAUCGUGCCCCACUCAGGAAAGCAGGAGCUACAGCACUACGACAGGGGCCUGAAGCCUCCAUCAGAAGCCAAGCAGGAGAAAGAAGCUAAGAAGCCAACCAUUAAAAAGCCCUUGAACGCAUUCAUGCUGUACAUGAAGGAGAUGCGGGCCAAGGUCAUCGCAGAAUGCACACUCAAAGAGAGCGCAGCCAUUAACCAGAUCCUAGGAAGGAGGUGGCAUGCGCUAUCUCGAGAGGAGCAGGCCAAGUAUUACGAACUGGCACGAAAGGAACGGCAACUUCACAUGCAGCUCUAUCCUGGCUGGUCAGCCCGAGACAAUUAUGGGAAAAAGAAGAGGAGGUCAAGAGAAAAGCAUCAAGAAUCAAACACAGGGGAGAAGGUGAAAGGGCUGGAGGAAUGCCUCUCUACACUCCAGGUUACCAGGGAGAAUGAAGUGUUCCUUGAAAGCCUAGAAGAAGGGCUACAAGACCCUGGCUCUCCUAAGAAAUGUCGAGCUCGCUUUGGCCUCAACCAGCAGACGGACUGGUGCGGUCCAUGCAGGAGGAAAAAGAAAUGCAUUCGGUACUUACAAGGAGAAGGAGAAGGACGCUGCACCAGCCCAGUUUCUUCAGAUGGCAGUGCUAUAGACUCCCCUCCACCCCCUCUGGAUUCCCUCCAAUACAUUCGUCCCGCUUUUACCCCAGACCAGCUCAGCAGUCCCACUGAUUUCACACACAGACCACCAAGCUGUCCCUUUUCCCUCUCUCUCCAUCUCAAGCCGGCUCCUCAAGGGGUUGGACUCCCAGCAAGGUGAUCCUCAGCCCUCGGCUCCCCAGCAGCCUUUCCACGAACACUCAACAGUAUACAAACAUCACGGCAACAGGAAUAUAAGGGUCCUCCUCCAUUAGGUGGCCAUGUCAAAGGCAUAGGACGCUUCGCUUUCUCCAUAGGUGGUCAAGAGCCAGCCAGACAAUCAAACAAAAACUGGUCUGAGGCCUCACGCCAUUUUCCCACACAGUGCCUGACCCUUAUACAAAGUGACACACAGCCUGCCUAACCUGUGGAGCCUUUUCAGUCAAGCUGUUCCGGAGAGUGGUCAGACCAAUUUCAAAAUGUCAUCUCAUAUGCCAGCCCUUUAUGUCCAGAGUGGAUUUCAGCAAAGUGUAGUAGAAGUCACACGCUGGACUUGAAUCCAGAACACCUAAGCUCUAGUCCCAGUUCUACUACUACCUAAUGAGCUACUGUGGUCUCAAACUACUAUCUGAAUCUCGGUUGCCUCAUCUAUAAAAUGGGACUAAUAUCUGUUCUGCAAAAAAAAAAAAAAAAAGAUAACAUGAAAAAGUACUAUAGAGUGCUAUAAAAUAUAAAGUAGUUUGUAGCCAAAUGCCCACAACUUCUUGGUUUCUCACUAUUCAGUUUAAGCAGGUCACAUGCCUGCUUCUGAUCCCUUUGCUUUAAGCCCUGCCCCACCAGCCUAUUAUAGCUCACUGUGGAAAGAGGAAAGGACACAUCAGGCACCUCAAAGUUGCACAUCCAAGAUCUAAGUGCCAAAUCCACCAAUGACUAGCUGUGAAAGAGGGAGUAUUCACAGCAAUGACAAAGAAAAACUUCUUGUUCAAAGUACAGGAAAACACUGUUUACAGAUAACCAACUGUUUUAGCCUGGCCAAGGGCCCUGUGUAAUCUCAGAGGAAACAGUUAUUGCUCUGCUUGCAAUAAAUUCCAUACCCAGGGAAGCCCACAAGUUGUUCUGCAGGAAGGCAGGGAAGUCUAGCCACUUCACUCAAAGGGCACAGUUUGCCUUAACUGCUCAGGACGUUUCCUAGAAACCUGAGUUUCCUCAGAAACAUGCCCAAAUAAAUGACUCAAUGAAGAACAACUCGGAGCUCCCAGUGCUGCCUGACAGCCAAGAUGCAGAAAGACAAAGACAGUCUGGGGGGUGGCUGAUCAGCAGCAGUCCUCCAUCAAAUCCUAUUAUUAAAGGAAUUUCGAUACAUUCCUAGGUCUAGCUGUUUAGAGGUUUGGCCAUUACAGUCAAGUCUUGAUUAAGGGGGAGUUUAGAUAUGGUAGCUAAGACCCAUAGAUCAGUUUCAACUUCUAACUUUUCAAACUUACACUAGGGGAUCCUUUCAGCUAACAAGGACAGCUUAAAGCUCUCCUCCUUAAGUGCUUCCUAGGUGUUUCCUAGGAGAUGAAGUUGUAAGAAGGAUGAUGCCCUUUGUGGUGUGAUCUUUUCAGAUCCAUUGGUUUGGAUUGAUAAUAAUCCACUAAUAAUGGAUCCAUGAUCCAUAAGAUGAUCCAUGCCCCCAUGCAACAGGCUUACUAACAGUGGCUAUUAUAAUCAAUUUCUGAGCCUGUCUAACCCUGAGCCUUGGAAUUUUAACAUCCAUUUUUUUGCUUCCUCUCCAGAGUGUACAUAACCUGGUUUCAGAAGGAACCAUCCAUUAGAAGGGUAGUCUAUUUUUUUCUACUCUACCCAACUUCUUAUAUAUUGAAGACAAUGUAUUAUUUUUGCUAUAGCCUUGCAAGAAAUUAAGGGGGGAAAUGAUCUUUAUAGUGUACAAAAUAUUUUUGUAUUUUCUUAAGGCAUCAAUAAGGAAUGCAACUUUUUUACAUAAGAAUAAAGAUACUUUUUACUAGGUUUCUAUAUCAAAGUUUGAACACCUUAGGAAGCUGUUUACACUGCGAGCACUACACUUAGUUUGCUUAGUUCUCUUUGAGCAGCUACUUCACAGCCAAACCUUGUCACUUGGGGCCUCUGCUAGUUAUUUUCCAUAAGGGUAUUUGUAUAAAAGUUCCUGGGGCUUUGCACAGAAAAAAAAAAAUCAGUCCAAGGACAACUUUUUUCUAAGUCAAAAUGACAACUUACUAAGCCCCUUUCCUCCCCAGCCAGGAACUGCUCUUGUUGGGGGUGGGGAGGGUUAUGGCCAUAUUGACAAGGGGGUUUCCCACCACCCCCCAUGGGGAGUUAGGUUCUACAGAUCAUUUCAGAGUUUCUCUCUCUGAAAUUGCUUAAGACUCUCAUCCAAGGGCCCCAAACUUCUCUCCUUCCUUCUCCCUACAAUGUUUACUCCUCCUUCCAAGUGACAAAUGACUUUUCCAACCAAACCUACAGAUUCUAAGGCACUGGAAAAAGAUCCCUCAAGCAGACACACCACUCCCCAGGCCACGUGCAAAGAGCAAACAGGUAGAACAAAGUCCACACUGGAUUUUUUGAAAAGGGAAUUGGAUAAAACCAGUCAGGAUGCCAGGGAGACAGUGGCUGCAUUUUGGGACCCAACAGUAGAGAACAAUUUCUAAGCUAUUUUGAUACAAAAACCCUCUAGCUUUAUUUGAACUAAUAAUAUAUGUGCUUGGUAUUAAAAGUAGACAGUAUUUUUUCUUUUUUUUCCUUUGAGGAAAAAUCAUUUGAUGGAAAAAUAAUCUACAAAGCAAAAAAAAAACUAAACCCUGUCAUCUUAUUAGCUCCCCACACCCAUUUUUCCAGAAGCUACCCAAAGUGUUAUUUUAUUACAAAUCAUUUUCAUACUUCAUGUUUGAUUAGUAGCCAGAAUUUAAUUCUCGUACAGUUUCAAUUAUUAUAAAAGAUAUUUUACUUCCUAAAAUAUGAUGACAGUAGAAGUCACUGCAAAAUCAUAUCAUUACACCAAGUAAAACCACUGUAUAUAGCAGGGAUAAUUAUUCGGCAUUUGGAGCAAUUGGUACAACAAUUAUCUGUCAUGUGUUGUCAUUGACUUUGUAACUUUUUUUGCUUUUAUGUUUAGCUUUAUAAAUAAAGCAAUCUACAAGAAAGCUGUCCAUUGGAAAUGGGCGAUUGGAGGUUAUAAUACCAGUUUCUGCGGGGUAGGGGGAUUGGAAGAUGGUACAAGCAGUGACAUCUCUGAACUGCAUAAUAGUUAGAGCUGGCAAUUACGGUCAUCCAUAGAUGUCCAGUGGAUAGAGGCCUAGAAUUACUUGUAAUUUGGCUGUCAAAAAUCAGAACUUUAAACUAAAAGAUGACUAAGUCUUACAGCUACAGAAAGGCAAUAAAUAGUUAAGACCAUGGUGAUUGAUGAGAUCAUCAAGAAAGAAGGGUUGGGAAAUAAAAGUUGAGGACAAGUACUUGGAAAAUAUUUUCAGAUAAGAGAUUGGAAGAGAACCUAGCAAAGGAGAGAAAGGAACAAGCCAGAGAGGUUACUGUCAUAGAAAGGACAAAUAUGCCCAGGAAAAGAUGGUAAAACAUGUCAAAUACUAAUAGAAUUUGAAAGGGGCAGAGAUCUAAGAAAAAAACCAUGGAUUUGAUGAAUAAGAAAUGACUAACCUGGGGGCAGCUAGGUAGCUCAGUGGAUAAAGCACUGGCCUUGGAUUCAGGAGGACCUGAGUUCAAAUCCAGCCUCAGACACUUGACACUUACUAGCUGUGUGACCUUAGGCAAGUCACUUAACCCCAUUGCCCUACCAAAAAAAAAACACAAAAAACAAGGAAACAUUUGCAAGAAAUGACUAACCUUAGAGCAGUUUCAGUAAGGGGGGGGUGGAGGAGGGAGGAAAAGCCAGCAUGCUAAGGGUCCAAUUGUGCAGAAGCAAUUUAGCUCAGCUGUCAUGGGUAGAAGAAAAACUAUAGUAGUUUGAGGGCUUGAAGGUCAAGGAAAGAUUUGAGGACUCAGGAGACAAUAUUGUCCUUCAGUAAAGAUGAAAGAGUAAACAGAGGGAAGAGACUGAAGAUACAAGAGGUGGAUGCCCACUAAAGGGAGCUUUGGAAGGCAGUGAAAGGAGAUGAGAUAAAAGCAGAGGCUUACAUAGCUUCAAAGAUACCAUCCAGGCUAUGCCAUUAAGCAGCUCCCCAACCUUAUUUUUUUGGUUGUUUGGUCACGUCUUGAUGACCCCAUUUGACAUUUUCUCGGCAGAGAUAAGAGUGGUUUGCCAUUUCCUU